UGGUGCAAUUGGAAAAUAAUUGACUGAGAGGAAGCUUAAAAAGACUGAAGAGGCGCAGACACACAGCACUAUUUGUUUAUUCAAAGGUCCAUCAUGAGGAUUGAGGCCACUCUCCAGCUGGGCUUCUGCGCCCUGUGUCUGACUCUGGUGCUUCUUGGAGAAGUAAAGGGAGAUCCUGAUCCCCCACCAGUAAACUGUGUUUGGAGCCCCUGGUCGCAGUGGAGUUUAUGUGAACCCUGCACGAAAAUCAAAAGGCGGUCUCGAACUGCUGAGGUGUUUGGCCAGUUUGGUGGCGAGCACUGCCAGGGACCAAUAGGGGAGAGGGAAAGCUGUACAACAAAUGCUAAUUGUUCAACAGCGUCAUCCACUGUGUGCUCUGACUCACAGUUCCAGUGCGAUUCAGGUACUUGCAUCAGGAAGAGAUUAAUGUGCAACGGGGACCUUGACUGUGAGGAUGGAUCAGAUGAGCCAUAUGACUGUGAUCCUGAGAAUAAACCCUGUGGUACAAGAGUCCUGGAUACAAAUGAGCAAGGCAGGACUGCAGGAUAUGGAAUCAACAUCUUGGGUGCAGGUCCUCGAAUGAACCCCUUUAACAAUGAUUACUUCAAUGGGAGGUGUGAUCGAUUGAGAAAUCCUAACACUGAGCAGAAUGACAGGCUUCCCUGGAACGUUGGUGUGCUCCACUAUCAGACUUUAGUGGAAGAAACAGUUUCUAGAGAAAUCUACGAAAACUCACACACCCUUGUGAGGCAAAUGCUAAAAGAGAUGACUUCUACAAUUGAUGUUGGACUUUCCUUCAAAUUCCAACCAAGUGAGGCUUCCUUGUCCAAAGAUUCUGGAAGUGGAGGUGUAAGCGGAGAUGCAAGUAUAGGAUUUAAUAAGGAAACAGUGAUUAAGGACAUGACAGAGCACACAACAAGUUACACAAAGAACAAGAGCUUUAUGCGAGUGAGGGGCACAGUAGAGAUGAGCACCUACAGGAUGCGCUCCCGGGACCUCCAGGUGGCAGAUGAAUUCCUGGACCAUGUCAAAUAUUUGCCCUUAGAGUAUGAGAAGGGUAUUUAUUUUGCCUUUCUAGAGGACUAUGGAACUCACUACACCAAAAAUGGGAAGUCUGGCGGGGAAUAUGAAUUGGUCUAUGUACUCAACCAGGACACCAUUAAGAAGAAACAUGUGACAGACAGAAAGAUUCAAGAAUGCAUCAAAUUAGGCAUCGAAGGAGGCAUUACCGCGGGUGACGUAACAGUGAGAGGACAUGUCAAACCAGAUGACUGUAAUACUGUCACAAACCCCACCACAGAGGAAAGUGAAGGAAAAGCAGUGGUGGACAAGGUGAUGACAUCAGUCAAAGGAGGUACACUAGUGACUGCUGUUGCUAUGAAGACGAAAGUGAAUAAGGAAGGGGUGUUGGACUUGGUAACAUUUCAGGACUGGGCCCGGAGCAUCGCUAGUGCCCCUGCACUGAUUAAAAGUGAGCCGGAGCCCAUCUAUAUGUUAAUCCCAUUGGAAAUGCCAAGUGCCAAUGUAAGAAUUUCCAAUCUGAAGCAGGCCAUAGCAGACUAUGUGGCGGAGUAUAGCGUGUGCAAGUGUAAGCCUUGUCAUAACGGAGGCACUCUUACUCUGCUGGAUGGAAAGUGCAUAUGCCUGUGCUCUAACUUGUUUGAAGGCAUGGCAUGCCAGAGUUUCAAGGGUGAUAAUACUGUCCCCCCAGUUGAAAGACCUCCUAUUGCCCAUGAAGGUAACUGGUCAUGCUGGUCUAGCUGGUCCAGCUGCACCAAUGGGAAACGCACCAGGACACGCAGCUGUAACACGGACGGGGUCCCUGGAGCUCCGUGCAGAGGAGACAUCAGCAGUGAGGAACACUGCUAGGCAGAUAAAUGGUCAUGAAAUAGUCUCUCUCUGAAAUACACAUACACACAACCUGUGUAUAAAAAAUAAACAUUAAAGCGCA